UGUAUAUGAGCCAGCCAAUGAAUGAAGUCUGGCUGCGUCUUGAACAAUUUCAGCACCUUGGACAGAGACUGAGGCUUUCGCGUCCCCGUCGCGCUUCUACUCUCCUCCAGACCACAGAUGAGCAGCCAUGCAGAAAUCCAUCACGACAGCAGCUCCUUAGCUCAUUUUGCUCAGGUGCCGUUAAAAACAAACGAUUCAACAGUCAAAAGGACCAAUAAAAACACUAACAGAUCCAGUGUCCUUUACAACUUCGGAUAUAUCGCCCGUGAAAGCAAGUUCAUGCCUUUGCAACAACGUCAAGAUGAUGUUUUGCAAAUGAAAACUUUGGCGAGAUAAAGCAACGUCUCACUUUGUCCUCUGGACGUACAGCUCCUUUACUCUCCUCGCUGUUCGUUUGAGUUCAGAAUUGCCUCAUUUACAAGCAGGUUAUGCAGCUCGACUGACGUCAAUGGAGCGGUGUGUGAUGUAUAUAACCAUAGAGCUCCAGGAGCUCCUCUCCAGUCUGUCUGCAAACACUCUUCCUUACAAGUACUUUUGAAGCAACAGAAGACGACCGAGAAGCGCGCUGCUGUGUCCAGCAUGAAGCCCGUCCCUUUGGUCCUGCUCAUAACUUCAGUCUUACUGACCACCCACAUCCCGCUGAGCACCUGUCGACCCCGCGACCCGAGCCUCAUGAACAGCCAGCUAGACGACGCGCUGUUAAACAGGGCGGGAGACGACGCCAUGUCCUACCUCGUGGGCGAAAAACUCCUUCGGUAUUUGCAAAGAAACCUCGGAGCGCAGAAGGCAGGCGGCGUCCUGCAUCUCCCGCACUUCCCCACGGCGCAGCUGCGCUCUCCUCACGAGGACAACAGCUUAGAGGAGCUCACGGAGUUUUCCAAACGGAACGACGAUCCUCCGAUCUCCAUCGACCUCACCUUCCACCUGCUGAGAAACAUGAUCGAAAUGGCGCGGAUCGAGAAUCAAAGGGAACAGGCGGAACUGAACCGCAAAUAUCUAGAUGAGGUUGGGAAGUAGCUGUAGCUCCGUGACGAUGCUUUCGAUCGGCGAGUAAAGAACAAGCUCAAUGCACUCUUUCACACCCCCGAACUCUCGCUAAAGCAUAUGACAUUCACCGAUGCCUCCUGCUGACCCACACUCUUAGAAAUAAAGGUUCUUCUGUGGUUCCUUGACAGUGCAAAGAACCUCCUUCUCGCUCAUUAGUUGGCAGGGGUUCUUUGGAGAUGGAAAAAAUAGGUUCUUCAGAACAGGCUAUUGGCUAUUCUGCUUUCCAACGUGAAGAGCUACAGAAAAAAAAAAGUUCACUUGUGGCAUCAGAGUUAUUCGGAACCUUUAUUUUUAAGAGUGGCAUCUAUCUGUUCACCAGAAGAGUUUCUGGUGACCUGCUGCUGUCUCCAUCACCCCUGGACCAUUUCAGAACCGGGAACCACAUGCAAGAGUCACACAACAGACCUGCCAGGACCUCAAAACACCGCCCAUGGCAAAUGAUCGGUCAGGGUGGUUCAUGUGUAACCAAAUCGAGAAACGAAUCAAUCUAUUGACCCGUGCCCUUCAAGUGUUUAUUGGCUUCCUCUUCAGAGGAACACUCUUUAAAAACAAAGGUUCUUAAUUGCCAUCUUCCAUAAAGAACGUUAAACAUCCGUGGAACCAUUUACAGUGGUUCUUUAGAUAAUUUAAAUGUUCUUUAUGCUAAGAACAACAGGGUUCUUUUUAGAACUGUUCACUGAAGGUUUUAGAAGGUUCUUCUGUGGCAUUGCUGAGAAACCCCUCUUUUGGAACCUUUGCUUUUCAAAUGUGUACAAAUGCAAGAAGUACUACUAAAACAUUACAAAUCCUGCUAAUUGGUAUCGAGUAUUGAAUGAAAGUAAUUCUCGAUUGUAAAGAGUCAUUUGUGUUCGGCUGCUUUGGUUGCAUCCUCUCUCUUUGCUAACUGGAGUGUUCCCAUGACGAAAAAAUUCUAUACUUUGGUGACACUGCCAAUAUUUACCACACACAUAACGCUGAAUGCUCACUGUAUACUAAGUGCAAAAGUAUGUUCUCCUCACGUGGUGGGAAACAAUGAUCUGUAGCACUUCAACCAAGAGGCUUACCCACAUUUUGUGACAAUAAUGUUGGACAAUAUUACAAAGUGCUUGAGAUAUACUGUACAUUGUAUAUUGCUUAUCAUUAUGUAAAUUACAUAUUAUAUUGCACCUAAAUGCAUAAACAUGACUUUGUAUUUUGAACAUGAAUCUGCAGAAAUAAAUGAGACUACAUGCCUUUUACAAGUAACUGCAAACAUGUAAAGCUCAUUAUCACCCAUUAAAAGUGGUAAUGAUCACAGCAGACAUAGG